AUGUCAGAUGAGCACAUCGCUCGUCAGACAGCGUCAAGCCUCGAUAGGCUUGAGAAUUUCAACUUCUUACUCUCCCGACACGACCCUGCCCUGGCAAAGAGUAGACAUUACUCUUUCGACGCAGACUCGGCUGGCUUGGCUCCUUUCCAAAACCUGAGUAUGGAUUACGACCAGACCGAGGGGAUGGGCGGCCUUUCCGUCAGUUCCUACGAUAGUAUCGAGGAUGAACGGAAUCCGAUCGAUGUGAGAGGGUAUCCCUAUCAUGCAGCUGAUAAGCACAUCAACUACUCGCUCCCCGACCAAAUGAUCUCAUAUCCAGCUCACCCGAUCUAUCCUCCAAUCUCUUACGGACCUGAUGAUCUGGGUCAUGCCCCGGGGGCUCUGACUCCCUCGGACGUCUCGUCAUCCAUAUCACCCCCGAACGGUCAACUUGGUAACACCAAGUACAGCACGCAGAUCCCCGGCGAUCACCUCGCUUCUGCCCUUUCACAAGAAGAGCAUGUUCGUCGUGCUGCCGAAGAAGACCGGCGGCGGCGGAACACCGCGGCUAGCGCCCGGUUUCGCAUGAAAAAGAAGCAGCGUGAACAGACGCUAGAACGCACAGUGCGAGAGACUACUGAAAAGAAUGCUACUCUCGAGGCCCGCGUGGCCCAACUGGAGAUGGAAAAUCGAUGGCUGAAGAAUCUCUUGACCGAGAAACACGAAGCGACAAGCACUCGCAUGCCACCUCCACCAGAAGACAGCACAUCCUUAAAUCAAAAAGGCAAUAGUGGCGGAAACGGCCAAAAACAUAUCCAGCCAAAAAAGAAGGGUGUGGGCACCGAUUACUAG